AUGGUUCAAUUCUCCGGCAUCGCCAUUGCCGCUCUUCUGAGCGAGCGUGGCAGCUGUACCUUCUCUGGUUCCUCCGCAGCUUCCAACGCCCUCAAGCAGAAGAAGUCCUGCUCCAGCAUCAUCAUCAAGGACGCCGUUGUCCCCGCCGGUACCACUCUUGACCUGACCAACCUCAAGGCUGGUACCACUGUCACCUUCGAGGGUACUACCACCUUUGGCUACAAGGAGUGGAAGGGUCCUCUCGUCUCCGUUUCGGGCGACAAGAUCACCGUCAUCGGUGCUUCCGGUUCCGUCAUUGACGGCCAGGGCAGCAGAUGGUGGGACGGCAAGGGCACUAACGGCGGCAAGACCAAGCCCAAGUUCUUCUACGCCCACAAGAUGACCAACUCCAAGAUCCAAAACAUCAAGAUCAAGAACUCUCCCGUUCAGGUUUUCUCGGUCAACGACGCUCAGCAGCUUACUAUUUCUGGCGUUACCGUUGACAACUCUGCUGGUGACGGCGAGAACAAGGGCCACAACACCGAUGCCUUCGACAUUGGUAGCUCGAGCGGCAUCACCAUCACCGGUGCUAACAUCCACAACCAGGAUGACUGUGUUGCCAUCAACUCCGGAUCCGACAUCACUGUUUCAGGCUCUACCUGCACUGGCGGUCACGGUCUCUCCAUUGGUUCCGUUGGCGGUCGUGAUGACAACACUGUCUCCGGCGUCAAGUUUCUGAACAACAAGGUCACCAACUCCCAGAACGGUCUCCGCAUCAAGACUGUCUACGGCGCCACUGGUAAGGUCUCCGACGUCACUUACUCUGGCAACACUCUCUCCGGCAUCUCCAAGUACGGUGUUGUUAUUGAGCAGGAUUACGAGAACGGCUCUCCCACCGGCAAGCCCACCAACGGUGUCCCAAUCACUGGUCUCGUUAUGGAGAAGAACACUGUCGGCGUCACCAGCUCUGGUACCAACACCUACAUUCUCUGCGCUUCUGGCGCUUGCUCCAACUGGAAGUGGUCUGGUAACAGCAUCUCCGGUGGCAAGAAGUCCAGCAAGUGCUCAGGUAUUCCCAGCGGCUCUGGUGCCAGCUGCUAA